AUGAAGUUUGCCUGGGACAACUACAAACGCUACGCUUGGGGCAAGAACGAGCUGCGGCCUCAGACCCGGGACGGCCACAUCGGAAACAUGUUCGCGGAUAAUAAGACCUGGAUUCAGUCUGUAGCUCCUCUGCUCCUCCUCUGCUCCUCCUCUGCUCCUGCUCCUCUCCUUCUCUGCUUCUCCUCUGCUCCUCCUCUGCUCCUCUGCUCCUCUGCUCCUCCUCUGCUCCUCCACUCCUCUGCUCCUCCUCUGCUCCUCCUCUGCUCCUCCACUCCUCUGCUCCUCUUCUCCUCCACUCCUCUGCUCCUCCUCUGCUCCUCUGCUCCUCCUCUGCUCCUGCUACUCUGCUCCUCUGCUCCUCCUCUGCUCCUCCUCUGCUCCUCCACUCCUCUCCUCCUCUGCUCCUCCACUCCUCUCCUCCUCUGCCCCUCCUCUGCUCCUCCACUCCUGCUCCUCCUCUGCCCCUUCACUCUUCUGCUCCUCUGCUCCUCCACUCCUGCUCCUCCUCUGCCCCUUCACUACUCUGCUCCUCUGCUCCUCCACUCCUGCCCCUCCUCUGCUCCUCCUCUGCCCCUCCUCUGCUCCUCCACUCCUCUGCUCCUCCACUCCUCUGCUCCUCCUCUGCUCCUCUGCUCCUUGACUCUAUACUCUACAAUAAUAUUGUGA